GAAAAUGCUGUUAAUCAAUUUGACUAUAUUAUAAAUAACAAUGAUACAAUGAACAAUAAUAAUAGUUUAGAUAAUCUAUAUAUUAACAAUAGCUCUUCUUUUAAUGAUCUUUCUUCUAAUGAUCAAGAUACAGGAGCUGGUGUUCACUUUGCACCAAAUCCCUAUACAUAUUCUCCAAUAUAUCAAUCUCUUAAAAUAGUACCUCACAAUUUACCUUCUAUGUCUUCAACUUCAACAAAUAUUCUAUUUAUAUCAACUUCAACAAAUAUUUUACCGAUGAGUUCAUCAUCAUCAACUCAUAAAGAUAAACAAUUAUCUGUUAAGUUGGAUGACUUAUCUCCUUUUAAUUUUGAAGGCCUACCUGAGGAAACAAUACCUAGUGAUCUCCAAGUUCAACAAGUUCUCUAUUACUUUAACCAUCUAGUUAAAGCUAUAGAAAAAGGACAAUCUCAAUCUUCUAAAGAAACCUUUCUUGUCCAAAUUCUUGUCUUUAAAGGAGAAGAACAGGAUUCUAUAUAUUGGCUAAAUGAAUUUGCAACUGCAUCACACUCCUGGUGGAGGACUGUUGCUAAUAAAGUUCAGUUUUGGAAUAAUAAUUUAAAGCCAGCUCAAUCUUUUGGAUAUCUUAACUAUUACUCUUCUUCUUUCUAUCAUCUUGGCAAUACUAUUUCUGUUAAUAAUCAGUCUAAUAAUGAAGUUUCUCAAGCUGUUCAGGCUAUUCUAAACUAUUUUAAACAGCAACCCCAGCAAAAAUCAAAUACUCCCCAAAAUAAUAACAAUAAUAACUAUCGCAACAACAACAAUAAUAAUUGUAAUAACAAUAACAAUAACCAAAAUAAUAGUUCUUUUCAACAAAAUACUAUU